GGCGAAUGCUCUCCGCUCCGCCCACAUGCGUUCGCUUGGAUUAGAACUCUCCCCUUCCCAGAGUUGGGCGCCUGGUAAAUCAGAGUUCUGCGGCCACUCUGUCAAAACACGGAGAAACUAUUGACCAACGAGUGACGGAGAUAGAGGACACCGACACAAACCCCGACAACUGACGGGCAUUUUUACGCGUUGACUUGUGCAAGCGAUCGCCAAAAUGAGGACUUUCUUUCGAUGGACUUACUCGAUGUCAGCUUCUGUCUGCCACUGAGACGGCAAGUGAUACAAUUUUGUGAUAGUUUGUGAGGAGAGCGUCGGUGUGUUGUAACACAAGCGGGAUACCGGAAAAAUUGCGGAAUUUCGGCCAUUCGGGGCGCUCGUUUUGAUAACCUUGUGAGAAGAGGAUUAACCAGGUGUGGAGGGGUGUGUGUUGCUAGUGGGAUGCGCGGCCAGUGGCAGGAGUGUGGUUGGGACUGAGGGAGGAUGGUGAAACACCAGCCCCUGCAGGUGUACGAGAAGCAGCCGUGUCUGUCCUGCGUCACUGGCAUCUACGGAUGCCGCUGGAAACGCUACCAGCGAUCCCAAGAUGACACCUCCAAGUGGGAGUGCACCUGGUUCUUCAUCCUCUGCUGCUCCUUCUCCCUGCUGCUGGUCUGGGCCUACUUCUGGUGGGAGGCACACAACGACUACAACGACUUCAACUGGUUGUUGUAUAACCGCUCAGGAGAGUGGAGUGAUGGCACCACUCCCAUCCUCACCACUACAGCCGUGGGCCUCUCCUACACUACCUUCCUUAUGGGUCUAGCACUGUGUCACAUAGCACUGGGGCAACAGAUGAACCUCUACUGGAUUCACAAGGUGGGUGUGUUGGCUGUGCUGCUCACCACCAUCACAGGUGUGGUGUCCAUAGACGAGCUGUGGAGGAGCGAAUGGGACAUCGUCAUCAUCUCCCUACAGUUCACAGGCCCGUUCCUGCACAUGGGUGUCCUGGCAGCUGUGACUGCCCUGGCGUGGCUGGUGGCUGUUUUCGUGGUGCGGGGAGAGAGAAGCCAUCUCCAGAUGGGGGUGCUGGUGGUGUACUUCUUCGUGCUGCUGGCCCUCUACAUGGCCCCUCUGGCCAUCAGCUCCCCCUGUGUCAUGGACAAGAGCACCCUCAGGCCACGCCCACUGGUCUUCGGACGCAGAGGAGCACCUAUGCUGGGUCCAGAGAACACCAUCAUGGCGCUGAACAAAGCCAUCCAGCAGGGGGUCAGCGCCCUGGAGGCCGACGUGGCCAUCAGUCUGGAUGGCGUGCCCUUCCUCAUGAGAGACCGCACCCUGCGGCGCACCACCGACGUCCAGCGAGUCUUCCCCGACAGGCAGCAUGACGACGCCUCCCUCUUCACCUGGACCGAGCUCAGAUCCCUCAACGCUGGAUCCUGGUUCCUCAAGAAUGACCCCUACUGGACGGCCAUGUCCCUGUCCCCUCGUGACCGGCGGCGUGCGGGGAACCAGACGGUGUGCGGGCUGGCGGACCUGCUGCGCCUGGCCGGCAAGAGCAACUGCUCUGUGGCCCUCAGCCUGCGCCGCCCGCCCCCGGACCACCCCCGCUACCAGCUCUGGAUCAACGACACGCUCCGGGUGGUGCAGAAGUCUGGACUCCCACCCAACAGGGUGAUGUGGUCGUUGGAUGUGCGGCGUGAGCAGGUGAGACGUGAGGCCCCGCGGCUGCAGCAGAUGUCCCAGAAGAGGCUGACCAUGCAGCAGCUGAAGGACAUGCGCAUCACAGCCCUGUCCCUGCACUACAGCCAGCUGCUCAAGGCAGACCUCAGGCAGUACAUCCGGAAUAAUGUGAGUGUGAACGUGCACACAGUGAACGACCCCUGGCUCUACUCUCUGCUCUGGUGCAGCGGUGUGACAUCCGUGUCCUCAGAAGCCCCCAACAUCCUUAAAGACAUGCCUUACCCAAUAUGGCUCCUGAGCCCUGAUGCGUACUACCUGCUGUGGAUAGCCUGCGUUCUAGUCUCCUUUGGUGUCGUUGUUGCAAUCUUCAUUCAUCAGAAGUGGAAGAUGAGUGGGAUGCAGAGCUACAACCCGGAGCAGAUCAUGCUGAGUGCAGUGGUGCGGAGACCCAGCAGAGACGUCAACGUCAUGAAGGAGAAGCUCAUCUUCUCAGAGAUGGCCAAUGGCGUGACAAGCACAGACGACCUGUCAAUCUACACUGAAAACGGAUACGUCCGCUACACACCUGGCCCCCACUGACACGCACGCCCGCACACCCACACACACGUGUGUGAGAGAUGUGUCCACACACGCACACACACACUUGAAAGUCACAGAGAAGGAAACAAAGACUUUUUUUCUUCACUUAAUGAAGUGUUUUUUAAUUGUAAUUAUAUUUAUAUCUGUGACGGUGAUGUGAUUCCGUGUUGUGUGCUACUGUACAGCGGCGUGCAGUGAUGUGUUUCCUUCUGCACUGUUGUGGUGUUGACCAUUUUCGAAUUUACUUUUUUUCACUGACAUUGCAGUUGAAUGUUGUGCAGGUGAAGUGGUUUGGGUCUUUUUGCGGUCCAUUUGAACUGUGUAACGUAGUUUAUUCCAAAAGAAAGAAAAUCCGGUAACACUUCAUUUUAGGGAUACAUCUAUUAGCACUAAUACAUACAAUAUUAAUGCCUGCAUAAGUAACUUGUAAGGCAUGUGCUAAGCAAACACUAAGGCCUACUAGGCCCUUACUAUGGUUAAAUUGGUAAUAAAUCCCUUAUUGUCCAUGAACAAGAUAUUUGUGAAUACAUGCCUAACAAAUGUUUGAUUGUGCUUUGUACAUGCCUUACAAGUUACUUAUACAGGGACAUUGUAUGUAUUAGUGCUAAUAGAUGUAUCCCUAAAAUAAAGUGUUACCGAAAAUCAUACUGUACAUAAUGUUCUGAUUUUGCUCAUCAAUGCCAUGUGGAUUGUCAAGCUGGUGUUUUUAACUCGCGUCUGUAAGAUGGAAUAUCACUGUGUUGCCUUUAUCGUGGUCAAGUAUGGAACAGUAGACACAGCGUAGGAAAGAAAAUACUCGAAAAAAAGAUAUAUGUAUAACGUUCAUUAUGUCUAACUGUUUAAAUUAACACUUGAGAUUUUCUUUUACUUAAGACAUGUCUUAAGUAAGAUAAACUAAAAGAGAAUCUCAAAUGUUAAUAGGAAAAAAGAUACUAGUGGAUAACUCUGCUGUCGGUGACUGUCCAAACAACAUAUCGUGAGCUUGGUAUUGCAAGAAGUGAACUUAAAGUGUCUUAAAUGAAUAUUGUUUUUCAUGUUUUACUUGUAGCUGAAUACUAUAUGCCGAGUACUUACUGUCUACCGUGGUUUCCAGUGAGAAAAAAGCAAUUUGAAUUUUGAUAUAUCUGAUGAACAGACGUGUAUGUUGCGGUUUAAGAUGCUCCAUGAAUGUGAUUUUUGAACAAUGUACUGUACAUUUGCAACAUAUUAUAUUGUUUAAAGUGUUGUACAUACUCCCUCCGACUCACGCACACACAUCGGAAAC